AUGAAAUUGCCACGUGCCAUAGUGAACUGCGAACAAAUAGUCUCGGUCACUUCUAAUGGCGAUCUGUUCCGAGUGGGCCCAGAGCAAGAUCACGUAGACUUAAUUGAACGACGCUCAACUGACAACAUUGGCUGCUCAAUUGUCUUUGGUGCACAGGGUCAGAUUGUCGCCGUUGGACAUGACGAUGCUGUGAAACUGGAGCUAAAAACAAAGUUUGCCACCAGCCUAGAAGACAUUGAAGAUGUUAUUGAUGGCAAGGGGUGCUCACUGAUUCCCGGACUCAUCGAUGCGCACUCCCACCCAGUGUGGGCAGGCGAUCGAGUGAAUGAGUUUGACCUGAAACUGCGAGGCGCCAGCUACUUGGAGAUACACAGCAAAGGCGGCGGCAUUCACUUUACCGUGGAACACACCAAGAGGGCGUCUGAAGAUGAACUUUUGAGAAAGCUUGUAAACAGAGUUCAGCACAUGGUCGCCUGCGGAACAACUGUACUAGAGUGCAAAACAGGCUACGGGCUGGACUUUGAGACAGAGUUGAAGAUGCUGCGGGUGAUUCAGCGAGCUCGCUCUCUGACAAGUGCCGACUUGGUCACCACUUUUCUCGGGGCUCACUCAGUGCCAAAAGGCAUGACAUCUGACGAAGGUGUUGCCCACACCAUUGAGAUGAUGGACCGCCUCAGCAAGGAAGAGGACUUGGCCGUUGAGUUUGUUGACGUCUUUUGUGAGAAAGGCGUUUACGACCUCAAGCAAAGCGAAAGGAUGCUAGAGCACGGUCUGAAGGCAUUCCCAGGCGCUGAAAUAGCCUUUCACGGUGAUGAGCUGUGCGAUCUAGGCGCAGGAGCGAUGGCCGCUCGUCUGGGCGCCCGUUCAGUGUCCCACCUGGAGUACUGCAACCAGCAAAGUGUGGCCGCCAUGGCAGGCGCCAAGGUGGCCGCCGUGCUUUGUCCUACCACUUGCUACCUGCUGCGUCUUCCAGUGCCGCCGGUGCGGGCGAUGGUACAGUCGGGGGUGCCUGUAGUCAUUGCCACUGACUACAAUCCCAACGCCAUGUGCUACUCUCUGCCGAUGGCGAUGAAUCUCGCAGCAAUACACUAUGGCCUGACGUUGAAUGAAACGCUGGUCGCAGCGACCAUUAACGCUGCCUAUGCACUCAAGCGCUCCCACAACCACGGCUCACUGGAAGUGGGCAAACGCGGGGAUGCCAUUCUCCUAAACGCUUCUGAUUGGCGCCACAUGAUCUACCGUUUUG